UGGGGUUGGGGGGACACGUGGCAGUGGGGACCUCCCCCCUCCCCUUCCAGGACUGUGCUGGGGGGAUGGAAUGGGGAAAGUGACAUGAGACAGGGAUGCCAGCACCACGCCAGGUGACAGUUGUCACCAGGUGGGUGACAUGGGGCUGGAGGGGGGGGGAUUUGGACCUGUUCCCUCUCCCCUCCUCUUUGGGUUGGUUCAGCAUCACUUCGCCCACCUGGAGACCCCAGGAACGCUCCGCUAACGAACGGCUGCUAACGAGGGGUGGGAGCCUUCAUGAUGGGAACAUCAGUGAUCUGGGGGGGGCUUUGGGGCCAGGGUUCCUCCCCAUGCAGCUCGUGCCCCCCCCCCCCCUGUCCCUCUGGAGCAUCUCUGGGCUCGACGUCGCUCCGUUUCACCCAAUGCUGCCAUGGCAGUGACUCCACAUGGAGCCCAACAUCCCCGUGUUGGGAUCAUCCCAGAAUGAAUGCUCCAUCCCAAUGCUGGAUUUCCCAUCCCAGCACUGCAGCUCUGCAAGCAAAGAGGAGGAAGGAACUUUUUUAGGGGACGCUUCCCAACUGUGGGAAGGAGGAAAACCCUUCUGCUCAAUGCUGUCCUUAAUGCAGCUUCGGGAAGUUUUCCUUCUUGGGCACGUGGGGAGAAUCUGCUGAUUUCUCCGAGGAAGGAAAUCCUCCAGGAUCCCAUUUCCAACCCAACGUCUGCUACGAAAACGUUGUCGCUAUGGAGGGAAACCAUCCGGGAUCUCAGCUCCAACCCAAAAAUACCAUCGUGAUCGUUUGGAGCUUUUGGGAACUUCCCCAAAUUCCUCCUUGGAUCGAAUUCCAUUGCAGUCGUUCACCCUUUGCAUUUCUGCCCUGGAAGGAGUUGUUCCCCAAAGAAGAAAUCCUCGCAGUCGAAGCGUUUUGAUGGGAGAACCCAACUGGGUGCGCUCAGCCCUUAACCAAAAAAAAAAAAAAGGGGGUAAAAAAGCCCCCAAAAAGGCUCGGAAUGCCACCAGGAGCCAUCAGGCCUCGAUGCGGAUCUCUCUUGGCUUUCUGGUGGGGCAUUUCCCCAUCCUCGGCUCCCAGGGAAGGAAGCAAUUGUCCCCACUUAACCAUUUUAGCAUUUAAAUUGUGGCGGUGCCGCUCCGCCUUUGCAUGGCCAUGGGGCGAUGGGUUGGGGGAGGGAUGCUGCAGUGCUGCUCCGUCCCUCGCUAUGAACGGGUGCUGGGGAGUGUGGUGAGACAACUAACUUUUGUCACUUUUUUCUUUCUUUUUUUUUUUUUUUUUGCUUUUUAGAGCUCAGAAAUUGCUGGGAUUUGGGGUUUUUAGAUGGGUCGCGGUUGGGUUAACGGUUGGGUGGUUGCGACGGAACCGACCCCAAACUCUCUAAAGCUGGGGGUUUUUAGGAUGGAGGCAUCCACUGCCUUUCCCCGUGGGUUUCUGAGCUGCGCGGGUGGGUGUGUGUGGGGGGAAUCUCCCUUUUCCUCCCCCAUCGGGCUCAAAAACCCCAACCAAGAGUUGGGAGAUGGAGAAGGGCAGCGGUUGGUCCCAAUGGAGAGGAGGGACGUCAGCGCGUCUUGCAGAGGGAAAAACCCUUUCCUGAAGCAGGGAGGCUUCAGCUCCUUCCAAAAAACCCAUGCGUGUGGAGGAGGGGAAGGAGAGAAGGGCUGUGGGAUCAGCUCCAGUGUGCCCAGCGUUGUUUUUUUUGGGGUUUACCCAAAAUCCAGGUUUCUUGCGAUGUCGGGGUCGGUGCACGCCAGGAUGCGGGCUCAGUUUGGGAUGCUGUGCUGUAGGGCUGGAAUGGCCAAACUGGGGAGCUGCAUUGUGUCCAAAGGGGAAACAAAAAGAGCUCUUCAGGUUGUUUUGCUUUAUUUCAGAUUAUUUUUCACCCCGGCGGGUUCCUUUGCAGGGAGGACAGCACUCGUUUUGCCUUUUUGCCAUCAGCCCCUCCAUUGCGUCACGAUUUUAGGAAUGGGGUGAUGCGUUUUGGGGCGAUUUCCCUCUUUUUGCUCCAACUUCUCCCAGGCUUUGGGUGAAGUCUCCACAUUGCCGAGCCCUCAGUGCUGCCUGGGUGCAAUGCUGCUCACUUCAGGUCUCUCUUUGCCACCACUUAUCGCUCACGGCACCCAAUGCUUGGCAUGGAGGCAACGGGCUCAACUAUGGGCCAUUGUUUUCCUUUGGCUCCUGCGAUGAAAUUGAAGCCUGCUCUUGAGUUAAGGGUGGAUUUGUCAGCUUUCUGGGGUCUGCUUUGAUCUGGGGCUGAGGUUUGAGUGGUCCAUCUGGCUGCCGAUGUGAUGGGAAAUAGGGGGUGACACCAAGAGGAUGUCCCACAUCUCUCCGCGUCCUUCUGCAGCUGGAUUUAAGCAAGAAAAAGGGGAAUUUUCCACGGGACUGGUUUUAUCCUGGCUGAGCAUCUUCCACCCAGCAGCUUUGGGAUGGCGGCGUUCAGUUCCAAAACCCGAUUUGGAAAUGUAGUCAUCCAGUGCACGUGAGCAUUGAGUGCCUUGGGGUCCCAUUGGGUGCCCCAAUCUCAUCCAACUACAGGAGCUGAGCCCCGAUGGUCUGGCAUAACGGCGAUGAUGGCACCAGAUUUGGGGGUAUUUUUAGGGUUUUUUAAAGCUCGCUGGGGACAAAGUAGCCCAAGUGUUCGGGAGCUUUGCCCCACCACAGGGGUGAAGGCAGCAAAGUGGGUUUUUAGGAGGAAAGAAGAAGGUUUUGGGGUCAUCGAGGCUCCGCUUGGCUCCGCCGCUCUCCUCCCACGGCCUCGGGCUACGGUGGCUGAUAACAGCUCGAAUAAUUCCCUCUCUUCAUUUGCAUUGUUACCUUGAAGGUAUUUAUAGUCUCCCUGCCUUCUCCUUCCCUGGCUGUGUAAAUUUAGCUCCUUGGCUCUCCCCGGGUGCCUUUAUCCAGCCGAUAAGCUGCGCUUUUUAGCACCGCUUUCUUCUUUUUCCCCGCCCUGCACCCGUGGCAGAGAUCUCCCUUCCUCCAGGUGAUUCUCAUCCCCCCCUCAGUCCCCCCUACAACUCGUGCUUGCAGCACAGCACCGAGCAGCACGGUGGGUUUGGGGGCAAUGCGUUGGUUUUAGGGGGACGAACCCACCUGGCUCGCUGGGACCCUUGGAAGAUCCCCAGUUUGCUUCGAUCCGUACGGUUUAACUCAACGUGGGGAUAGAGGAUUUCUUGGAUUUGGGGUAAUUCUGGUGUUGGCAGUGGGGUCAAUGCCCACGAGUGGGGUGUUUCUAUUCCUUUAACCCCGCUCAGUGUCUGCAGCAUCCCAAAGACUCCCAGAUUUUGGGAACCAGGGGGUUUUGGGAGUUCAAACCGCGCUCUUUCCAGCAGCGACAUUAUGGGACUUGGGUACUUCUGGGGGGAAAGAAUGGGUUUGAGGGUUUUCUCUGGUUCGUGGGGAGGGUAGAGGGGAUGAAUGGUCCUAAAGCAGAGGGAUGCUGUCUGUCUUCCUCUCUAUAAUGGGAUGGGGGGAAAGCUUUGUAUUGGUUGCAUCACCUCCAGGAUGGACCCGGCACUAUGCAAAGGAUGAGCGAUGGGACCCAAAAUCUUACCCAGGGCUUGACUUGGGAAGCAGCAAAUAAGGGAUGAGCAGAGGGGCAGCAUUGGGAACAGCAGCUUGGAUGGAGCCUGCUGGGUUUUCAGGAGCUGCUCGCUGCUCUCACAGCCUCCUCCACCUCGGUGAAGCCGUGCUCCUCUCAUUUUCCCCUCUCUUAUCUCUGUUUCUCAUAGAUUUUUCUGGCUGUCCCUGGCCAUCAACCCUCCCGAGUCCCAGCGCGGUGUUUUUUUCCAAGUGACACAGCACAAUCAGCAAGGGAUGGAGAAAGCUGUCCCUACUUUAUCAGAGCAACAGCGAGAGCGCCAGGGAGAUGGAAGCAGAGCCCUGCUAAUGCCACUGGAGCCAAACAAAGAGAAUUUUGCUGCCCCCGAUUGCCCCCAAGGUGAAGAGCGAAGAGCUGCUUUUGUGAAAGAUGCAAAAAAGCCUCUGGAGAGCGCGGCUCUAUCUGGGACAUCGGUGGAAGUGGGGACGGAGCUCGACGAAGCUGCCUUCUACACCGCUGAUGACUUGGUGACAAUGAGCAGGGACACGAAGGGACCCUCUGGCACUGAUCUCUGUCCCCUACAAGAAGACCCCGUCUUCUUCUCUCCGCUGUCUCGCCAAGAGCCCGACAUCGCCCUGGAAGCCUGCGACGUGGCCGAUGAGCCUGAUCCUGCCCUCUCCGGUGCUGUCCCAGCCCCAGCUCACAGGACCGAACUCGGCUCCAAGACCGAGGAGCAUUUAGAGUUCCAGAAGGCUUUGUAUAGAGCAGACACCAGGACCUCCCUGGAGCUGCGUGCCAUGACGGUGUCCGGCAGCGUGCCCUGGGACACCUCCGCCCUGGAGACGCGAGCUGGCGAUGGCAGAGAAGAAAGCACUUUAGAGAGACUCUCUAGCUUGAAGGACUCAAAGGAUGUGUCGACAUUCCCUGGGGACCCCCAGGUUGUAAAUACGGUGCGGGUGGAUCCUGAAGACCUGGAGAGUGACGCCGAGGAGCUGGGUGCUGGCAUGGCGGCAGCUGGGAUACCCAACCCUUGCACGGGGCCACCGGUGGGUGGUGGGGAGGAGAAAUACCUUAAACCUGAACCAAAGCAACUUGAAGGCGUCGGCAAAGAGCACUUAGAGAAAAGCAGGAGGGGGACGCAGAGGGUCGACUGGAUUUCUCGACCCAACAGAAGCCCAAGUCCUCACUACAAAGAUGUGAGCAAGCCGACGGAUGUAGCAACCAACGUACCCUUCCGGGGACAGGCUGUGCGUGAAGUGCCUCCUCCGCUGACUUCAACAGUGUUCAGGAAAUCUCUGAACACUGUCCUCAGCAAGUCCAAAACCCUUGAGACCCCCUCGUCCCACAGGAAGGGGCUGGGGGUCGACUCGGAUGCGGGUGAGAUGGGAGCGCUCAGCACAGCUGAGUGGACCAUCCCAAAGCCAGCUCUGCAGCUCAGCACCGACCUCGCCAUCGGCAAACAGUCAUGGACGGUGAAUUCUGAGGAUUCGGUGGAGAGGAUCCCAUUGAUGUCCCUGGAGCCCACUCCCUGCAGCUCCUAUGAUGUGGAGAUGAGGCCCUAUGUGUGCAGCGUGCUGGUGGAGGAGCAGGGCAAAGAGGAGCUGGGUCCUGAGGAGGAUCCCACGGUGUACACGUGCAUCGAGUGCAGCAUCUACUUCAAGAAGAAGGAGCACCUGAUGGAUCACAUGCUCCAGCACAACCGCGGACCAGGGAGGGACCAAGAUGGAGAUGCUCUCGGAGGGCAGUGCCAGUUCUGCUGCAAUGAGUGCGGGUGGGCGUUCGGGGACCUCGCAUCCCUGGAGCAGCACAAAAGGCUCCACCAGGAAUCCAGGGAAAAAAUCAUCGAGGAGAUCCAGAAGCUGAACGAGUUCCCGGAUGAAGGUCGGGAAGCCCGGCUGCAGUGCCCCAAGUGUGUCUUUGGCACCAACUCCUCCAAGAUCUUCGUGCAGCACGCCAAGAUGCACGUCAAGGAGAGGAAGGACCAAGGGGCGAAGAGCUUGAAUCUCUAUGGGGGCGGAGAGCUGCAGGAUAGCCCCGUGCAUGGUAUGUACAAACACUUCAAACCCAAUGAGCACAUGCCCCUGCAAGUGCAGGCACCUCCGCACAGCAAAGGGCUCAGCACCUGCAUGCUCUGCAGCUUCCCAGCACCCAAUGAGAACAUCCUCAAAGAGCACAUGAAAUACGCCCAUUCCCACCUCUCUUGGGAUGCGGAGAUGUAUGAAGAAGAUCCCAACCAACCGGGAACCAGCAGGGAUGCCUACAGCCCCGCCAGGACAGGCUGCUUUGCAGAGACUGAUUAUUUUGGCAAAGCAGACCAGCUCUUCCCUCCGCCCCACCGAGAAAGCGCGUCGCAUUACGACAUGCACAGUUUCACCGUAGAUCACCCAAGACUCAACAAAAGCAAUGGGGGCAGCAAAAAGGACUACGUGACGUCAGGGUUCCAUGCCAGGAAAGCGGCCCCAUACGCUGCCCGGCACAAAAACCUGGGGCUCUCCUCCACAAAAGCUUAUUCACAGUUUGCUCUGCAGCACCUGAAAAAAAAAACAGCAGCUCAGCACCUCGAAGCUGAAGGUGAUGGUCUGAGGAGUCACUCAGCUGGACUGGAGGAGGUCAGGCACAAAUGGAUGUUUAUCAACGAGGUGGGGGGCGUGGAAGGGGAGUUCUCCAUGACCACGGACACGGACUUGAUGGAGCACAGAGUCACCAAACCCGUCACCAUCCCUCAAGCUGCUUUGGACCUGAAGAGGACGUACAGAGACACAUUGAGAGCCACGGACCCUUUGAUUGCCUCCGAAGAGCAGCAGCAGCAGCUGCGGAUGAUGGUGCCCAUCGUUCUGCUGGAGGAGGUCAACCCACACCCCAAAGCGAAGAAGCGGCCCCGGGCAAAGCCCUACAAGAAGAAAGCAGCAUUCCCAACGCGGGAGUUCAUGAUGGAAGAGCCUCUUCCCUUGGAUGUGCUCCUGUUGGACUCUCCUUUAGAGUUUGAUGACUUUUUGGACUCCGACUCGCCCAUGUUGAAAAAUGAGGAGAGGAAGUGCCCGUACUGCCCGGAUCGGUUCCACAACGGCAUUGGGCUGGCGAACCACGUGCGGGGCCACCUCAAUCGGGUUGGGGUGAGCUACAACGUCCGGCAUUUCAUCUCAGCGGAAGAAGUGAAAGCUAUUGAGCAAAAAUUUUCCUUCCAAAAGAAGAAGAAAAAAGGUAUUGCAAACUUUGACCCGAGCACGUUCAGCCUGAUGCGAUGCGAGUUCUGCGGGGCCGGCUUCGACACGCGUGCCGGGCUCUCCAGCCACGCUAGGGCCCACCUGAGAGACUUUGGUAUUACCAACUGGGAGCUCACCAUCUCGCCCAUCAACAUCCUCAAGGAGCUGUUGGCCAACUCGGCGGAGUACCCCAUGCUGCAGGCGGCGGUGGGAGCGGAGCCCUCAUCCCCGGGCCGAGAGCCGCACGGCUUCGUGCCCCGCAAGAGCAUGACCCCCAUCUCCGAGUGCAGCAUUCCACGCUCUCCUCUGUCCCCAUUCCCCCCAUCCUGGGGAGAUGAGUCUUUGCAGUCCUACAGAGACGUUCUGGCCCCAGAGGAGGAGGAGGUGGUGGCCAUGGAGGUGGGUUCACCCCCGCCUCCCCCACCGCCACCGCUGCCCAAGAAGAGCUCAGCCCCGGGGCAGUCGGAGCCGCCCGCCCGCAUAGGGACCAAGCUGUGCGCCGAGCCGCCCGGCAGCAAAGCAGAUCCACACGACCCCAAAACCCAGAACCUGACGACGUGUGAGGUGUGCGGCGCCUGCUUUGAAACCCGCAAAGGUCUCUCCAGCCACGCGCGCUCCCACCUGCGGCAGCUCGGCGUGGCCGAGUCGGAGAGCAGCGGGGCCCCCAUCGAUUUGCUCUACGAACUGAUGAAGCAGAAGGGCAAACCCGAUGGGCACCCCAUGGCUCCUCCCACCCUCGGCAAAAAAUCUGCCUCUCCCAAGGACGGCAUUGCCGGUUCCCCGCGUCCCGCGCUGCUCGCGCUCAGCAAAGGCGGUGAGCGCUCGCUGGAUGGCCCCAUCAACAAAGCCAUCAAAUCCCCGCCAGGAUUCUCCAAGAGCCUCUCGCAGCCCGGAUCCCCCAUCCUCAAGAAGGUGCCCUCCGUGCUCUCUGGGUCCCCCUCUCCAAAAAACCCCGAGGAGAAGAGCUCGAAGCUGUCCCUGAGCCCUCUGCAGAGCUCCCCAAAGGCGCAGUGGCCACAGGCAGAUGAGGAAGGACCUCUCAAUUUGACAGCCGGGGGGGAGCCGGUGCGGGACAUCCGCUGUGAGUUCUGCGGGGAGUUCUUUGAGAACCGCAAGGGUCUGUCGAGCCACGCGCGCUCCCACCUCCGCCAGAUGGGGGUGACGGAGUGGUACGUCAACGGCUCCCCCAUCGACACGCUGCGCGAGAUCCUCAAACGCCGAACUCACCCGCGGAGCGGAGCCUCCAACCCCAUGGGCCCCGGGCACAAAGCCAUGGCCAAGAGCCUCCUGGCAGCCAUGGGACCCCUGGAGCCGCGCGGUCCCGGGGAGCUCCACAUCCCGACUCUGCCCAAGAAGGUCCAGCAGCCUGGCAGUCCCCUGGGGCAGUCUCCUACCUCGUCCCCACCUCCCACUGCCCGGAAGAUGUUUCCAGGCCUCUCUCCUCCCUCCUUGCAGAAGAAGCUCAAACACGACCAGAUGAGAGUGGAAAUCAAGCGUGAGAUGAUGACGGGGGGUCUCCACGGAGAGCCCCACCCCUCCGACCAGGCUUGGCCACCGCUGGAGGAGAUGUCACCCUUGAACCUCUCCUCCCGAGCUGACCCGGUGCGGGACAUCCGCUGUGAGUUCUGCGGGGAGUUCUUUGAGAACCGCAAGGGUCUGUCGAGCCACGCGCGCUCCCACCUCCGCCAGAUGGGGGUGACGGAGUGGUCAGUGAACGGCUCCCCCAUUGACACGCUGCGCGAGAUCCUCAAGAAGAAAUCGAAGCCUUGCGUCAUCAAGAAGGAGCCCCACACCUCCAUCAUCGAAACCCCCAAAGGGUUUGGGGAGGAGGGGUUGGACCCCAAGCCCUCUGGAAAAGUGCUGCAGGCCAUGGCCCUCCCUCCACUGGGCGGGCGGACGGGGAAACCCGGCGGCUCCAGCAUCGGCCGCGAGCUCUCGCUGUCGCCGCUCACUGCCAAGCCCCACGGCGCCUUCCUGACACCGCUGGCCACCAAACGGCCGCUGCAGGACGACCGCCUGGGUCCCCACCCCGAGGUGAAGCACAAGGCCUACAUUCAGACCGAGCUGCCCUUCAAAACCAAGUCCGUGCACGACAAGCCCACGCACACAUCCACCGAAGCGUGCUGCGAGCUCUGCGGCCUCUACUUUGAGAACCGCAAGGCUCUGGCCAGCCACGCACGGGCACACCUCCGGCAGUUUGGUGUCACCGAGUGGUGCGUCAACGGCUCGCCCAUCGAGACGCUCAGCGAAUGGAUCCGGCACCGGCCGCAGAAAGCUGGCGCGUAUCGCAGCUACAUCCAGGGCGGCCGACCCUUCACUAAGAAAUUUCGGAAUUCUUCGCACGCCCGAGAUCACGACGGAGCACGGAGGAUGCCGCUGAGCCUGCAGCACGGCGGGAUGGCCCUGCUGAGCAAAGGGCUGGCGGCGGAGCUGGCGCACGGAGAGCCCUGCAAGAUCCUGGAUGGCACCGGGGAACGGCCCAUGGUCACCUCGCCCCUCUCGCUGGUGAAGAUGGAAGAGCAUCAGCGCACGAAUUUCCACAAGUUUGAGCGGAGGCAGGCAAGGCCCCUGGACCCCCCCCUGCACCGGGAGGAGGAGGGGGCCGACUUCCAGCAGAAGAUGGAGGAGACCCGCCAGCCCCCACCCAGGAUGAGGCCGGUGCCCUCGCUGGUCCCCCGCCCGCCGCAGACCUCCCUGGUGAAGUUUGUGGGUAACAUCUACACCCUCAAAUGCAGGUUCUGUGAGGUGGAGUUCCAGGGCCCCCUCUCCAUCCAGGAGGAGUGGGUGCGACACCUCCAGCGACACAUCCUGGAAAUGAAUUUCUCCAAAGCAGACCCCCUGCGGGGGGACGCCCCGGCCCCCGAGCCCCCCGCCGUGGCCGAGGCUCAGUAACGGAGCCCCCACCCCGGGGCAAUGGAGCCGAACCGGGGCACCCUCCGCCCCCCACCCCGUGCCUGCGUGUCCCCCACGGAGCAACCUCAGCCCCCCCCCCCCUUCCUCUACCCCAGUGCCGGGCUGGAUGGGGGGCACCCGGCCACAAGCACUACAAGGAUCAAAGCCCCCCGGUCCUCCCUCCCCGGGGGUGGUGGCACUCGAGGACGGGGCAGGGGACAGCGGUGGCACCACGUGUGCCCUCCCUCCCGACACCGCGGGUCCGGUUCAGCCCAAAGACGCGGGAGCUGUGUUGGCUUCCACCGGUUCAGGGACACGGGGAGCGAGCGUGCGUUUGUAUAUGGCCCGAGAGUUGAUGUAUAUUCGAUUCCUGCAGGCAGCGCCACCUGUAGUUCCUGGCGCUGCCGGAGCCCGUUGCUCCGGGGUUGCAUGUUGCCCCGCUCCCCCUUCCCAAAGGAAAACACUUGGCUCCCCGUCACCACCCCCCGACUCCCAGUUUCCAAUGGGACCGUGGGCUGCGGUGAUGCUGGGGGGGUCCUGGGGUGGGGGGAGGGGGAAUCUGCGGAGCCGCACGUCCCCCUCCCCCCCCUCCCCGGUCCUCCUCACUGUUGCUAUAUUUUUGUUUGUUUUUUGUUUGUUUUUUUCCCCUUUGUCUAGCUGCAUAGACCUUCGACUUUUUUAACUCUAGUUUUGUGUAGAAAAUUUAAGGAGCAUUCAUUUUUAUUUCGAAGUCCCGAGCCCAGCACGGCUCGGAGGGAAUUUACCUUUUAACUUUUUUCAUUGGGCAUAUUCUGGUUAUUAAUGUACCCGGGAAUAUGUACAUUAGAUUAAACUUCUGGAAACAA